UCACAAGUUUAUUUAUAAGAAAAGACGGCAGCUUCUGCCUUGAUUUUUGGGGCAAACAAAAAUUUUUUUCAGUUUUUGCUUUAUUAUAAAAAUUGAACGAAAUGACGAGAUUAUUGAUUAAUGUCAUGGCUAAUAAUUAGUGCAUUUUUUAAAAUUUUUUAAGGAUAUUUUUUUAUUUUUUUUUUUACCCUAAUGUUUUGGGAUUUUUAAUUUUAAUACAAAGUUCAAAAUAUUAAAAUAUACCCAGCCAAAACACCUACCUAAUAUACCGUAAAUGCUCUAAUUAAAGCCUUAGUCUUCUAUUUUUCAAAGGGGUAUUCAUGGGAUUUUUUCAAUGGGAUUUUCAUUGUUUUUUGUUUUUCAGUGGGCUUUUAUUAGAGAGUUGAUGUUUAUUUUUAGAUGGGCCUCCUGGGGUGAGCUUUUAUUAUAUAUGGGCUUUUAAUAUAUCCGGCUUUAAUUAGAGCAUUUAUGGUAGAUUUUUACACUUUAAUAAAACCACAUUUUCUUGCAUUUUCGCAGUAAAAAUUAAUUUUUAAAAAAAUUUUUAGAACAUUUAUUAUGGUUCUACGCAAUGGUAGCGCGUUAUCAGAAUCUUUGGCAUUGAGUGCAGCUUCUGAUGAGCCUAGCACUUCACAACCAAUUCGUGUGGAUGAAUUAGAUCAUUAUGAUGAAGAUUGGAUUAGACCAUUUCCCUUGAAAGAUGGAGUUAAAAUUCGGAAGGGGGAAAAGUUCUCUGAUUACUAUACACUCUACGAGGAGAUUGGCGAAGGAAAAUUUGGAAAAGUUUAUAGAUGCAUUGAAAAAGCAACUGGACUAACUUUGGCUGCUAAAUGUAUCAAAAUUCGAAAAGAUACCGAUUUUGAGAAGGUCGAGAAGGAAGUUAAUAUAAUGACACAAAUGAGGCACAAAUGUAUAGCCCAAAUAUAUGAUGCAUUCGCAACUGAUUCAAAUGAUGUAAUUCUUAUAAUGGAAAUUGUACAAGGUGGUGAACUGUUUGACCGUGUAGCUGAUGAUAGCUAUAUUUUAACAGAAAUGGCUGUAGCUCUAAUAAUGUUUCAAAUUUGUGAGGCAAUUCGCUACAUUCACAGUCAAAACAUUAUUCACUUGGAUCUUAAACCAGAAAAUAUUAUGUGUGUCUCGCAAACAUCUAACAAAAUUAAACUUAUAGAUUUUGGGCUUGCACAAUGGUAUGAUGGUAGCAAAGAUUUAAUGUUUAUGGCUGGAACUCCAGAGUUUGCCGCUCCAGAAGUGAUUAAAUAUGAGCCUCUAGAUUUUCACACGGAUAUGUGGUAA